AUGGAUCCUGAAGAUAUCAUAACGUAUAUGAUUCAAGAAGAAGAGGAAGAGGAGCACGAGAUGAAUAUUGCUGUAGGUGCAUAUGCUCAAUCCAGUAGCCAAAGAAAUGAUCGUAGUUUAGUUCGUCAUCGUGGAUCAGUCCUCAAUCAUCGCAUCAUUUACCGGAACAGGGAAUUAGGUAAUCAACUAUUCUAUCGUGAUUAUUUUAGUGAUCAUCCCACAUAUCCGGACUAUAUUUUUCGUAGAAGAUUUCGUAUGCGAAGAUCAUUAUUUGUUCGAAUUCAAAGUGCAAUUGAGUCCCAUGAUCCCUAUUUUGUACAAAGAUGUGAUGCAAUUGGAGUUUUGGGAUUAUCACCUCUCCAAAAAAUGACUGCUGCAUUGAGAAUAAUCGCAUAUGGACUGCCUGCAGAUGCAAUCGAUGAUUAUGUUCGAAUUGGUGAAAGCACCGCAAUUGAAAGUUUGAGGAAAUUUGUCAAAGCGAUUGUGCAAAUAUUUGGGGAACAAUAUUUAAGAAGGCCACAUAGCGGUGAUGUUAAAAGAUUAAUGGAGGUUGCUGAGCAGCGUGGAUUUCCAGGAAUGCUAGGCAGUAUCGAUUGUAUGCAUUGGAGGUGGAAAAACUGUCCAACUGCGUGGCAUGGGGCUUUUUCAGGUCGUUACCAUGAGCCAACAAUCAUCCUUGAAGCUGUAGCUUCGUAUGAUCUUUGGAUAUGGCAUGCUUAUUUUGGGUUACCUGGAUCGUUGAAUGAUAUAAAUGUAUUGGACCGAUCCACUUUAUUUUCUGAAUGGGCAGAGGGUCAAGCACCAGAAGUUAACUAUACCAUCAAUGGGCACAAUUACAAUAUGGGAUACUAUCUCGAUUACACAGAAUUAGAGUAA